AUGAUGGAAUGGCCCACUCCUCAUCAACUUGAUGGCUUGCUCCACACCCCGGAAAUCCGUUACCAAUGGCCAGACAUAGAUAUGGAGAAUUGGAAGCCAGAAUACUUCACCGGAUCUCAAUCUCUAAAUGCAUUCGCGCCGCCUGAAUUAUCAACCAGCAGGAGAAGAUCGUCAACGGCUACCUCGCAUAGCUAUGAGUUACAACCUCCAACAACGCCGAAAUCUGUUCGAAAUAUAGCAUCUCCCAGACUGGAUUGCUCGAAGCCAAUCGGUAUCGACAGGUCUGCUAUUGAAGAUUAUCUCGAGCCCAUCACACCCGAACGAUAUCACCGUACAGUUCACCCAGCAAACUCCUGUGAGCCAGAAUCUCCUCUCCCUCGAGUUGAUCUUUUGGCAAGCAUCCAGAAGAAGCUCGAAGCCAACCAAGCAGACGGUCCCACUUCCAAGGCCUGCAUGGACGCGUGUAAACUGCUCUGCUGUUCCCGUCGCCCGUCUAGGGACAAGACUCAGAAGAGUGAUACAGAAGGUUCUUUCAGAUGUGAAUGGAAGGGUUGUCGCUAUGAUCGCCCAUUCUCGCGCAAAGGAGUUUUAAUGCGACACAUUGAAAUGCAGCAUGUAAAUCCAAGGUCUUUCAAAUGCCCCUGGUGCAGUCAUGCUACUAGCCGGCGUGAGAACAUCAAGGCGCAUAGGCGAUCCGUUCACAAGGAGGUUUUGUGA